AUGAUUUAUAAAAUAGUUUUUCUUAGUCUCGUAGCGGCGUGUUACGUCUUGGCGGCACCUACGGCCGUCGUGCCAUUAGAAAAGCAACAGCCAACCGUCAUACCUAUCAUCUCACAGUCUGAAGAAUUGGAACCAAAUGGAACUUACAAGUUCAGUUAUGAAACUGGUAACGGAAUAAAGAGGGAAGAAGUAUCUUACGACAAAGUUAUACCAAAGGCUGCAGGUCGUAAAGCCAGCAGCAGUGAGGAAGGUGGGGAAAGUGAUGAAAGUGGCGACAGCGAUGAAAUUCACGUACAACGAGGUUCAUACUCAUACACUGCUCCCGAUGGUACCAUUAUCACUUUAAGUUACAUUGCCGAUGAAAAUGGCUUCCAACCUAUCGGAAGUCACUUGCCUAGAGCGCCAACUCCAGUGCCGGUUUCUCCAGCUUCAAACGAAAAGACUGGACGCGCUUUGAAGACUCCGGACAACUCUGAGUCAGCAUCAGUGCAAUUACAGAGUGUUAAGGCAUCAGAAGAUAAACCUAAGGCUUCUGAGAAUAUACCCACUGAUUCUUCAGCUCAAGUGGUGGAGCAACAAGAACAACCAAAAGAUUCUGAAAAAUCUGGAGAGAACGCUAUUGCAGGCGAUUCAGCUACUUCACCUACUCAACAAUUAGAUGCACAGCCGAAGUCAGCUGAAACUAUAGUUUCGGGUGAACCUGGACAAAAAGUUGAAACCACAGAAAACGCAGCAACUCCUCAGGCCGAAGUGAAGUCUGAAUCGGCCGAAGCUUCAGCGCCUUUACAAUCUAAUGAUAAACCAGCCCCUACUGAAACUGGAUCACAACCUAUAUCUGAGCCAUCAUCAGAUCAGCCACAGCAACAGCCACAAUCAGACGAAAACUCGCAAGUAGGUGUAACAACUGGACAAAAUGAUUCCCAAGAAAUAGCUGAAACUACACCUGGGUCAGCAGUUCCUAAAUCUGACAUAGCUGAAGUUCAAACUACGGCAAGCCAAUCUAGCGAAAAGUCUGACAUCAAUGAAGCCAGUUCAGAAACAACGCCUGAGGCUAUAUCUACAGAAUCACCUGCACAGCCAGAAGCAGUUUCAACAACUGAACUUAACGAGCUUGAAAAUAAUGCGGCAACUACUGAAACUUCCGCAGUGACUGAAUCAGGAAUUCAAUCAGACACAACUGAAUCUGUAGUCACAGACUCUCCUCAGACCAGUGAAAAAUCAGAUGUUACUGAAGCUGUAUCAGUAACAACUGAUGCUGUUGCAACCGAAGCAGGAUCAACACAAACUGUCGCACAGUCAGAAGAAGAUUCAACAACUAGUCAAAGUAACGCUGAAGAAAAAGCUGCGACUACAGAAGCAUCAAUAAGCACUGAAGCUGAAUUGAAAUCGGAAACCACUGAAUCUGCGGAUCAAACUAUUCCUGCAUCAGAUGUCACGGAGGCUGGCUCAGGAGCUGAACCUAAGACCAGUGAAGAUAAUUCACUUUCUGAUGAAAAAUCAUCAGAAUCAACGACGCAAGCAGCUUCUAAUGAACAAACAACUGGUUCAUCUGAAUCUGUAGAGACAACAUCAGGUGCAUCAGAUGAAAAAGCUACUGAACCUUCAAGUGAAGAAACAACAAUAGCAGUUGCGGUAGCUGGCGAUACCACUGCAAGCGCUGAGAGUUCAGUAACAGCGAGCGAUGCUGCAGCGGUAGAUGAAGCGACAACCGCGAACACCGACGUAACAACGAAAGCAGCGGAAGAUAUACCACAAGCGGUCUCGGAGUCUGCUACAAGUGCCGCGCCGACAUCUGAGGAAGUAAGCGCUUCUGCUUCUUCAGCUUAAUUGUGUUGGAUAGCAGCUUAUUUCUGUCGAAAUUGUAAAUUAACUUUCUUUCCAGCAUUUGACAAUCAAUAACGGAUAUACUCAAAAGGACGGGGUACUAACAAAUUAUGGAAUACUUUAUAUCGACGAAAAUGUUAAAAAU